AUGAUACCAGGCAAGAAGCUAGAGUUCGCUGUCAAAGUGACCCAUAAAACAAUGACUCCAAAGGAUAAACCAAGGUCUGACAAAGAAAACAACAAAGCUAAAAGAUUCACAUUCAACGAAAUACGCAUCUUGUCACGGCUAAGACAUACGAAUGUAAUAAGAUGUUAUGGGGCGUUCGAGAACAACAAUGUGUGGGUUGCUGUUCUCGAGUAUGCCAAAGGAGGGCACGUCUUUGAUCGACUAAAAUCAGCCCAGUACGUAUCUGAGCAGGUUUUCGCAUAUUAUGCAAGGCAGAUGGUCGAUGCAGUCUGUUAUCUCCAUAAAAACAAGGUCAUUCACAGAGAUCUAAAACCAGAGAAUUUCCUUGUCAAAGACAAAUGUGGAGAUCUCAUGAAGGAUAAACUCCUGCUUAGCGAUUUCGGAUUAUCAAAACAUACAGAAGACAUGAAAGCAAAAUCCGAGUGUGGAACAAAAGCCUUUAUGGCCCCAGAAAUGUUCACAAGCAAAGGCCACGAGUUUUACACAGAAACAGUUGACGUUUGGUCACUUGGGUAA